GAGUGAAAAGGAAAGGGGGGGGGGAGAGAGAGAGAAACCCCAAACAAAACACCCUGCCUUUUCCUUACGCCCCCGUAUCUGCUUUAGCAACAGCAGCCAAGGAGCGAAGACGAGCCGGGGCUGUGGGGAGGCCGCCUGGCGAGCUGCAGCGGGAAGGUGCAGCUCUCUCGCACACAAACGCCCCGCUGCUCCUGACCUCGUUUGGCUCCUUUCUCAGAGGGAGCGCUUUCCCCCUUUUUCACAACUGUACGGCGGCGGCCACCGCAGCAGCAGCAGCAACAAUUCGCUCCUUCUUGCUCCAGCCCAGCGGCACGUUGGGAGUUCGUUUUCCUCAAGCAGUUUAUUCCCGCAUUGAGGGUGGGCGUCGUUGAGGUUGGUUUUUUUUGCGGGGGGUGGGGGGGUGAGCCGCGCGGCAGGCGUCGCAAGAUGUUGCUCAGGCGUCCCUCUUAUGGAAGUUAAGGGAAGCAACUCUGCAGCUUGAAGUGAUUUGGGGAGAGAGAAAAUGAGAAGCAGAAGAGUUCAGCCAAGCCUAUGAUUUUCCUCCCUCCCCGCCUUUUCCUCUGAGCGCCGAGAACUUUGAGUGGGGGCGACGGACACUUUCUAGGAAACAAAUCCUUUUUUUUUUUUUUUUAAGUUCUUCUUCAAACAAAUCCGACUUUGAAAGUCUCUCUUGUCUGACGAAGAAAUCCCUGGGCUUUGGAUUGCAAUGGAGAGUCUUAGCCACACUUGAACAAUUCCUUUGCCUCCGCUGGAUUGGUGGGAAUUUCGGAAGCGGAGCCAGCGUGCAGAGCCAGGAGCGGCGGAGCCCUGCCUGCCCCCCCCCCCCGCAACCACGCUGCUAAUCUGCAUGGAGCUCAAAGUGUCCCAUUCAAGCUGUCCUCCCGUUGCUGCUUUUGAGGCUUCUUCCACAUAUCCAUAGGUCCUAGGAAACCUCAACUUCUGGACUUUGGGGGCUACUCCCCCCCCCCGUUGUUGUUGUUGUUGCUCUCCUUGGAAUUGGAUUGCUUUUGAAUAUGUUAAAAUGGAGCUGCUGACGCCACUCCUGCUCUUUGGCUGUGUCCAUUUCCAAGUUUAUGGAUCUCGACUUCGCCAGGAAGACUUUCCACCUCGAAUUGUAGAACAUCCAUCAGAUGUGAUUGUUUCUAAAGGAGAGCCAACAACUUUGAACUGCAAGGCUGAAGGAAGGCCAACUCCCACUAUUGAGUGGUACAAAGAUGGAGAACGUGUGGAGACUGAUAAAGAUGAUCCCCGGUCACAUCGCAUGCUACUCCCUAGUGGAUCUUUAUUUUUUUUACGCAUUGUACAUGGUCGCAGGAGUAAACCAGAUGAAGGAAGUUACGUGUGUGUUGCAAGGAACUAUCUGGGGGAAGCUGUGAGUCGUAAUGCUUCUCUGGAAGUAGCAUUGCUAAGGGAUGAUUUCCGCCAAAACCCCACAGAUGUUGUUGUGGCAGCAGGUGAACCAGCCAUUUUAGAAUGCCAGCCUCCACGAGGACAUCCUGAGCCUACUAUCUACUGGAAAAAAGACAAAAUUCGAAUUGAUGACAGGGAAGAGAGGAUCAGUAUACGAGGUGGGAAGCUUAUGAUUUCAAACACAAGAAAGAGUGAUGCUGGAAUGUACACUUGUGUUGGCACCAACAUGGUGGGAGAACGAGACAGCGAUCCAGCAGAGCUGACAGUCUUUGAGCGACCCACGUUUCUCAGGAGACCAAUCAACCAGGUGGUUUUGGAGGAAGAAGCUGUAGAAUUCAGAUGCCAAGUACAAGGGGAUCCUCAGCCAACAGUGCGUUGGAGGAAAGAUGACAACGACUUGCCAAGAGGAAGAUACGACAUCAAAGAUGACUACACUUUACGUAUUAAAAAGGCUACAAGCACAGAUGAGGGGACCUAUACAUGUAUUGCUGAGAACAGAGUUGGCAAAGUUGAAGCAUCUGCUACUCUCACUGUUCGAGCACCUCCACAGUUUGUGGUAAGGCCACGUGAUCAGAUUGUUGCCCAGGGUCGAACCGUGACUUUUCCAUGUGAAACUAAAGGAAAUCCACAGCCAGCUGUAUUUUGGCAAAAAGAAGGCAGCCAGAACCUUCUCUUUCCAAACCAGCCUCUCCAGCCCAGCACCAGAUAUUCUGUCUCACCAACAGGGGACCUCACUAUCACCAACAUUCAGCGGGCUGAUGCAGGCUACUACAUUUGCCAAGCACUCACUGUUGCUGGGAGCAUUUUAGCAAAGGCUCAAUUGGAAGUUACUGAUGUUUUGACAGAUAGACCUCCACCAAUCAUUCUUCAAGGACCUGUAAACCAGACAUUGGCAGUAGAUGGAACAGCUUUGCUGAAGUGUAAGGCUACCGGUGAUCCAAUGCCUGUUAUCGGUUGGUUAAAAGAAGGAUUCACUUUCCUGGGCAGAGAUCCGAGGACAUCUAUACAAGACCAAGGGACCUUGCAAAUUAAACCUUUACGAAUAUCAGACACUGGCACAUAUACUUGUGUUGCCACAAGUUCAAGUGGAGAAACAUCUUGGAGUGCCGUGCUAGAUGUGACAGAGUCUGGAGGAGCAGCUGUCAGUAGAAAUUAUGACUUAAAUGACCUCCCUGGACCACCAUCCAAGCCACAGGUCACUGAUGUCACUAAAAACAGUGUCACCUUGUCGUGGCAGCCAGGCACUCCUGGAAAUCUACCAACUAGUGCCUUUAUCAUUGAGGCCUUUAGUCAGUCAGUCAGCAAUAGCUGGCAAACAGUUGCAAACCAUGUAAAAACAACACCUUACACAGUGAGAGGACUCCGUCCAAAUACAAUCUACCUAUUUAUGGUCAGAGCAAUCAACUCACAAGGAUUGAGUGAUCCCAGCACCAUGUCAGACCCUGUCCGAACUCAAGAUAUCAGCCCACCAGCCCAAGGUGUGGAUCACAGGCAGGUCCAAAAAGAGCUGGGGGAUGUUAUUGUGCGACUGCAUAAUCCUGUUGUGUUGACCCCUACCACUGUUCAAGUGUCCUGGACGGUUGACCGCCAAUCCCAAUUUAUUCAAGGUUAUCGAGUCAUAUAUCGUCAGACAUCAGGAUUGCCUUCCCCUACUGCUUGGCAGACUCUGGAAGUUAAAGUUCCGUCGGAGCGUAGUGCUGUCCUAAUCAAUUUGAAAAAAGGAGUUACUUAUGAAAUUAAAGUUCGACCAUAUUUCAAUGAAUUUCAAGGGAUGGACAGUGAAUCAAAAUCUGCGCGUACCACUGAAGAAGCCCCAAGUGCUCCUCCACAAUCUGUUACUGUUCUGACAGUAGGUAACCACAACAGCACCAGUAUCAGCAUUUCCUGGGAUCCCCCACCUCCAGAUCACCAAAAUGGAAUAAUCCAGGAAUACAAGAUCUGGUGCUUGGGUAAUGAAACAAAGUUUCACAUCAACAAGACUGUAGAUGCAGCCAUUCGGUCUGUAGUGAUUGGAGGACUGUAUCCAGGUAUUCAGUACAGAGUAGAAGUUGCAGCAAGUACCAGUGCUGGUGUGGGAGUGAAAAGCGAACCACAACCCAUAAUAAUUGGGGGUCGUAAUGAAGUUGUCAUCACUGAAAACAACAAUAGCAUAACAGAACAAAUCACUGAUGUUGUCAAGCAACCUGCCUUCAUAGCUGGAAUUGGUGGUGCAUGUUGGGUAAUUCUCAUGGGUUUCAGCAUCUGGCUGUACUGGCGCCGAAAGAAGAGGAAGGGGCUCAGCAAUUAUGCAGUUCAGUCCUUCACCUUCACCCCUGCAGUCACUUUUCAAAGAGGAGAUGGAGGACUUAUGAGCAAUGGAAGUCGACCAGGCCUGUUAAAUGCAAGUGAUCCCAGUUAUCCUUGGCUAGCGGACUCAUGGCCUGCCACCAGUUUGCCAGUAAACAACAGUACCAGCGGACCAAAUGAGCUUGGGAAUUUUGGUCGUGGAGAUGUGCUGCCUCCAGUGCCAGGCCAAGGAGACAAAACCACCACAAUGCUUUCUGAUGGAGCAAUUUACAGCAGCAUUGACUUCACUACCAAAACUAGUUAUAAUAGUUCAAGCCAAAUAACACAGGCUACACCAUAUGCCACAACGCAAAUACUGCAUUCCAACAGCAUCCAUGAAUUGGCAGUCGAUUUGCCAGACCCGCAAUGGAAAAGUUCAAUUCAGCAAAAAAGUGACCUAAUGGGGUUUGGUUACUCUCUCCCUGAUCAGAGCAAAGGCAACAAUGCCUUACUUUACAUCCCUGACUACCGAUUGGCUGAGGGAUUGUCUAAUAGAAUGCCACACAACCAGUCACAGGAUUUCAGCACCACCAGCUCUCACAACAGCUCAGAAAGAAGUGGCAGCCUCUCAGGUGGGAAAGGAGGGAAGAAAAAGAAAAACAAAAAUACUUCCAAGCCUCAGAAAAAUAAUGGGUCUAACUGGGCCAACAUUCCUCUCCCACCCCCUCCAAUACAGCCUCUUCCAGGCACAGAGCUAGAACACUAUGGGGUAGAUCAGCAGGAAACAGGCUAUGACAGUGAUGGUUGGUGCCCACCGUUACCAGUUCAGACAUACCUGCAUCAAGGAAUGGAGGAUGAACUAGAAGAAGAAGAUGACAGAGUUCCUACACCUCCUGUCCGAGGAGUUGCCUCAUCCCCUGCAAUCUCUUUUGGGCAGCAAUCUACUGCAACGCUUACACCCUCUCCACGGGAGGAGAUGCAACCUAUGCUUCAAGCCCAUCUUGAUGAGCUGACCAGGGCCUAUCAGUUUGAUAUAGCAAAGCAAACUUGGCACAUUCAAAGCAAUACUCAGCCACCUCAGACCCCGAUUCCACCAUUAGGAUAUGUGUCUGGGACUCUAAUAUCAGAUUUGGAAACAAAUAUUCCAGAGGAUGAGGAUGAAGAUGAUAUUGAAGAGGAGGCUGUAGAAAUCACAAGGCCAUUGAGAGGACUAGAACAUACUCCAGGCUCCAGCAUGGACAAUCUAGAGAGCUCUGUGACAGGUUCACUUGUAAAUGGAUGGGGUUCUGCGUCUGAUGAGGACCGUAACUUUUCUAGUCAUAGAUCUAGUGUAGGUAGCUCCUCAGAUGACUCCAUCUUUACCAGCGGCAGUUUUGCACAAGCUCUGGUUGCAGCAGCAGAUAAAGCUGGGUUUAGGCUGGAUGGAACCAGCCUAUCAAGAACAGGCAAACCGUAUUCUUCCUCUCAGAGGCCUAGGCCAACCAGCCCAUUUUCUACUGACAGCAACACCAGUGCAGCCCAGAGUCAAAGGCCUAGGCCUACCAAAAAACACAAGGGAGGUAGAGUGGACCAGCCGCCAUUGCCUCACCGUAGGGAAGGGAUGACAGACGAUCUUCCACCACCACCAGACCCACCCCCUGGUCAGGGUUUAAGGCAGCAAAUAGGCCCUGGCCAACGUGGAGGUUCGACAGAGAGAAAAGGAAGCUCUCUAGAACGACCGAAUACAUCCAGCAUAGAUGAAACAAAGAGCUCUUUGGAUCGUCAAGCUAGAACAUCACUAGAGUGGCAGCGGCAAACCCAGGAAUGGAUAAGCUCCACAGAACUUCAAGGCCAGCAAAAACAAGCAUUUGGAUCAGAAGAGGCACUGGUGCCAUAUAGUAAGCCUAGCUUCCCAUCCCCAGGUGGUCACAGCUCUUCAGGUACAGCAUCUUCUAAAGGAUCAACUGGACCCAGGAAAGGCGAGGUCAUGCGAGGAGGUCACCAACGCAACACCAGUGAUCUUCUUGAUGUAGGAUAUAUUGGAUCAAACAGUCAAGGACAGUUUUCUGGUGAAUUAUAGUAGUUGAACAGAGACAUCUCGAGCUGCUCUCAAGGGCCAUCAAGGUCUGAACUCAUGGAAGUGAUGACACUAAAACAGUGCAAUGAACAUUUUCUUUAUUUAUGUACUUACUAUUAAAAGAACUGUAAAUGCAAUGUAAAGACACACAGCCACACAUAUCCCACAGGUACUCUACCUGUGUUGUUCUAUUUACUACACCUUCCACCUUAAUCUAUUUCUUAUCAAGCAUAUAUAAAGAACAAAAAAAAAUCACCAUCCAGGAUGAAAUGGAUUUCCCUUGUAUAUAAUUUCUUUUUAUUGCAUUGCUAUGCAAGCUCACCUUCUUUUUAGCUAUGUUCAUAUUAUUGUCUGUUCUUAAUGGUCUGUUGUACUAUAUGUGAAUUAAUAGGCUGUGGUGCCAUAUAAUAACUUUUGUGUAACUUUUUAUGUUUAAAGUUUGCACUGCAAUUUUUUUGUUGGUGAUAAGCACAAAACUCUUACUCCUCGUGACAUGAAGAAGACUGAAUGUGAAAGGAGUUUAUGUACUGUAAGCUAUGUUGGAUAAUGCUGGAUGUAAUGAAUAAUGUUAGGUGGUUUUCCAUUUGGGUGUAGAAUUAGGAAGAUGACUGGCAAAACUGAUGUUAGCAAAGGCUUUUUGGGACAUCAGAGAUGGAAUCCUAUCUGAAAUAAGAAGCAACAUGUUGCUUUACCAUUUUUAAAAAAGGGGUCAAAUGAUGGAAGUGUAAUUUUCAAGACCAGACUAGAACCAUGAAAGCGUCCUCUCUCCUUAUCAGUUUUCAUUUGCUCAACACAGUUGAAACUGCUACAAAGAAAAGAAGUUAAGGUGUUUCACUAAAGCUGUGUUUAAAGAAUUACUACAAUUGAUUUGCUCUCCCCUCUAGGAAAUGUUAACCAUAUGGGUUAGAGUAUCCAAGCAAAAGUUAAAGAUGCAAUUUAUGACUGAGAUAUCCAAGCUGCUUCCAAAAAUUUAGACUAUCUUAAUUCAUCUUUCCAAUACAUGUACAGUUUGAUGGAAGGUGUAGAGCUGCAUCACUUGAAAUCCAUUGCAUAGUUUUUAUGCAGUCAGGACAUAUUUUUGUGUUGUGUUAUCUGCAAUGCUCAUAAACUGAAACUCAAUUAAUUUGUAUUUAAGCCUCGGGUUAACAUGUUUGCAAAGAAAAGCAAUGAUAAAUUUAUGCUCAGUUUGAUAUUAAUAUGUCUUUUAACAAUGCAGUACAUUACUGGAAACUGGACAGAAUCAAGGAAAACACAUCUUUGACCUAUUUUUGAUGAGUAAUUUCAAGACGCCUCUAUGAAAACACAAUGCAUGUUUAUACACUUUUUGAAUAAACCAAACUCUCUGUAAGUGGACAUUAACAAAAGCAUCCUGUCUCAUCAUUAGUUCUCAUGACUUUCUCCAGCCUCCUUAUAGUAUUUUUAGUUCUGUUAGAAAUAUUGUACAUGUAUAUCAAAUGCAUCAAAUGUUUUAUUUAAAGUUUACAUCACAAAACUUACUUCAUUCAGUCACAUCAUUAACUACCAGCUUGCAUUUCAGCACAUUUUAAGUACAAUAAGUCCAUGUUUUAUAUUUUGCCUUGACACUCACACUGCUGUUAAGUGAAGUACACUUUUAGAACAAGCAAAUAAAUUUGCUAAAUGUGUGUUGCUUUUUUAUUAUAUUACACUGGAUUGUUGAUAACACAGGACAUUAUCAUUACCAACUGUAAGUCAGCACUGCAAAUAUCAAAAUAACUCAUUUGCUUAAGAUCAGGGCAUUGGUGAACCAAAAAAAAAAAAAACCAAGGAAAAUUUAUUUUUUUGAGUAUAUGUAAUCAAGGAAUUUAUGUAAUUUUCCUGCUUAUUAAAAUGCUGGAUAUAGUUAAAGCCAUUAUUUUGUAAAUGUACAGACGUAUUCAACAAAUGUAUAAAAACUGAAACUUUUUUCCUUUCCUAAAUUCAGUAUGUUAAUGUAAAGAUAGGCACCAUGUUCCAGCAAUAGUAAUCUAUGCACAGACACAACUGAGCACACAGCUCUACUGGGGUCACAAACAAGAUUCUACUGGGGGGAGGAAAACAUGCACAUCCAAAAAAUCUGCCUAAGCACUUAACAGUCAUGUCUGGUUUAAUGUAAUUUCGGUGCCCUUCCAAAAGCAUAUGGUAUUAUGACAGGUUUAUGAACUUAAGAACACCAAUAAGCUCUUAAGUAGGAUAGAGGAAAGGGAUAGUUGACUACUGGUGCUCCUUUUCCUACUUUUCUGCUAAUCUGGUAAGGAGUUUCUUUCAUAAAUCCCCGACAGCACCAAUCUGCUUUUGGAAAGUUGGAAUAGGGAAGGUAAUUCCUGCAAGGAGUCUAAAGCAGGGUGUUCAAAUUAGGCUCAUCAGCUGUUUUUGGACUACAGCUCCCAUAAUUCCCAGCACAGUGGCUAAUCUUCAGAGAUGAUGGGAGUUGUAGGCCAACAUCUGCAGAAGUUGAACAGCCCUUUUCUAAAGGCUCUCCUUUAUCCAGCUUCUACUCACCAGAGACUUGUUCAAGGCCUCAAGGUGAUUCUGCUAUCCAGCCAGAAUUACACCUCAGUUUUUGAUGCUGUGAUGUGACAGUGUUAUAAAAGUGGAUUCAUAUUAGAAUUUUUGUUUAAUUUACCACACAGCAACUUUAGAUUGAUAUCCAGGUGCACUGUAGUGUUGUGAGUGUUUCAAAUGCUAAAAUUACAGAGAAAUCAAUCUUCUGAUCUUUGAAAAAAUCAGGGUAUCAAAAUAAAUGUUAUCUUUGAGCUACUCACAGUACAGUAAUAUCAGGGGUGUAGCAAGAUUAGAGUGGGCCCAGAGACAAGAUUUUAAAAUGGGCCCCCUCCUCACUGAAGCUCAGCUCAUGAAGUAAAUAAAAAUGAGGCUGAGUAGUGGUAACAAAAAGCAUAAUAAAAUUAUAUAUAUCUCCUAUGUGCCACAAUAGAAUACAACUGAAGGAUGCCCGGGCAGGUGCGCAGCUGGGGGAGUCAGUCAUGUGACUUGCUUCUGCCCCCCCCAGGCAGUGCGCCCCCAGACAACUGUCUCCCCUUGCCCUAUUAUAGUUACGCCACUGAGUAAUAUAUCUGGAUCACUAUGUGACUAGGGAAAAUGAAAGAAAAGAUCUGUCAGAAGUGAUCACUUGAAUCCAUCCUGUCUAAUGACUUUGGACUUAGAGAUGAUUUACAUGUACCUGUGGCCAGCAGAGUUGUAGUUCCUCCCACACAAUUCUGGAUAACAUAUUUGGUUUCCACUGAUGUGAUUAGGGUAGACUGCAUAGUUACAUAUCAUGCUAGUAAUGUCAAUCGUGUUAGGUGAUUUGUCACCUAACACACACAGCAUGUCAUCUGCCUAACCAUGCUUGUGAAAAGUGUACAUGUUGCCAGAGUGAGGGGAGCAACUACACAGGCAAUUUCAAGACUAACAUUGUAGGUACUGUGAAAACCAGGCUGUCUAGCUGAUCCAAAUUACAAUAAAUUUGUGAUUAGAAUCCUCACAAACCUGUUCCACCUCUAAAAUGUAUGUGCAGGAAGAUAGGCAUUUUGAGAUUGUACAGGCCCUUGAGGCCAGUCUUUAAGAAUUGUGUACUGAGCUUUGUGCUCUUAAAAAUGUGUACUGAGCUUUCGUGGAACACCUUACUGGCCAAUUUCUCCUCAAAUUCAACCUGAGUAAAAGUAGCUAUCCAGGUACCUUCAGAUAUGUACUGAAAACUUUUUCAGUUUUCAAAGUUUUGUGUCAGUAUCAAAUCUGUGCAGUAUCACAGAUUACAUUACAGUAUCACAUUAUUCGCCACUAUAUAAUUUUCUUUAUUAGUAAUUUUUACAAGAGCCUAUAAAGAGUUUUUAUGUAUAGCAAAUCCCCAUUAUUUUAAAGGUGAAGCUUCUUUUGCUUUCUUUUUGCAUACUUUCUAUCUCUCACCUAUUCAGAACAUAUUUUUAAAAGGUAAUGCAACACCAUUUUAACAGGGUUUUUUCUUUCUUUUUUAUAAUUGAAAUUAUUUCUUGUGCAUAAUGUCUCUAAAGGAAAGUGAUGUAGCAGCAGCAAUUUUCUAAUUUUUUUUAUAAAAUUGUUCCUUGACAACAGUUUGUUCAGUCACUAAAAAAAAAAGGAAAAAAAAAGAUUAUGACCUCUUAAUGUGUUUCAUGUGUUGGUGAAGCAAAGUUUAAUGGGCAUAAAAGUUGGUUAAUAGUAAUGUUGAGUGUGUAUUGUAUAUUAACUGGGGGGUGGGGAGAUAAAACUUCCACAUUUCAAAUUUAUGUUAAAGAAACUUGAAUUUAGCACUCAGUAUAUGAGUAAUAUAUAUAUAAACCUAAUCUAGGUGCAAUCGUGUAAUUUUUAACACAUGCUGAACUUUUACUUCCAUAACACGCCACUUAUAGAUAGACUGGCCUUAUGAAGUCCUGUUGUGGUUUUCUAUACUCAGAAUUGUUAUUAACUUCACUGACAUUCCAAACCAAUCAAAAAGGGAGAAAAUGGGCCCUGUUACAAAUGUCAUUAACAAAAUCCAUAUACAUGGACAAAAAAGUUUUUGUACUGUCUUUGUAAAUGCUGACUAAGAAAGUGUAAAAGAAAUUGAAUGUU